AUCAUGGCUCUGCACUCCCUGGGGGAGGCUUGAGGAAAUUACCACCCUGCCCCAAUUUCCUAUGCACUCUGAUGACCUGAACCUGGCCAGGGAGCCCUGGCAUCCCGCGUUUGGCAUCUUAGAGUCCAGACUCCUUAAGACAGGCUGAUGACAGCUCCCUGCCAGGACUUUUUGCUACUAGCCAUGUGAGGAAAAUAAGAGAAGCCAGAGAGUGAAUAUUCCUAGGCCAAGAGCCCAGAGCUCUAGACUGCCACCAAGAUGGUAAAUGAUGGGCCCUACCUUAUUGCUGAUCUGGACCGGCGAGGCCAGAGAAGGUCCUUUGCAGAGAGAUAUGACCCCAGCCUGAAGACCAUGAUCCCAGUGAGACCCUAUGCAAGGUUGGCACCCAACCCUGUGGAUGAUGCAGGGCUGCUCUCCUUUGCCACGUUCUCCUGGCUCACCCCACUGAUGGUUAGAGGCUACAGGCACACCCUGACUGUGGACACCCUGCCCCCGUUGUCGCCCUAUGACUCAUCUGACAUCAACGCCAAAAGAUUUCGAAUCCUUUGGGAUGAAGAGGUCGAGAAGAUGGGUCCUGAGAAAGCCUCCCUGGGCCGAGUGGUCUGGAAAUUCCAGAGGACACGUGUUUUGAUGGACAUCGUGGCCAAUAUCCUGUGCAUUAUCAUGGCGGCCAUAGGGCCGACUGUUCUCAUUCACCAAAUCCUCCAGCAAACCCAGAGUAUCUCCAGGAAGGUCUGGGUUGGCAUCGGCCUGUGCAUGGCCCUUUUUACCACCGAGUUUACCAAAGUCCUCUUUUGGGCCCUGGCCUGGGCCAUAAACUACCGCACAGCAAUCCGGUUGAAGGUGGCCGUCUCCACCCUGGUUUUUGAAAACCUGGUGUCCUUCAAGACGCUGACCCACAUCUCCGUUGGGGAGGUGCUCAAUAUACUAUCAAGUGAUAGUUAUUCCUUGUUUGAAGCUGCCUUGUUUUGUCCCUUGCCAGCCACCAUCCCAAUCCUAAUGGCUGUCUGUGCGGUGUACUCCUUUUUCAUUCUGGGGCCCACAGCUCUUAUCGGGAUAUCAGUGUAUGUGAUCUUCAUCCCCAUCCAGAUGUUUAUGGCUAGGCUCAAUUCAGCUUUCCGAAGAUCAGCAGUUUCAGUGACAGACAAGCGAGUUCAGACAAUGAAUGAGUUUCUGACUUGCAUCAAGCUGAUUAAAAUGUACGCUUGGGAGAAAUCUUUUACCAACACUAUUCGAGAUGUUAGGAAGAGGGAGAGAAAAUUACUGGAAAAAGCUGGAUUUGUCCAAAGUGGAAACUCAGCACUGACCUCCAUUGCAUCCACCAUAGCCAUUGUACUGACAUUCACCUGCCAUAUCCUCUUGAGACGCAAGCUCACUGCCCCGGUGGCAUUUAGUGUGAUUGCCAUGUUUAAUGUAAUGAAGUUUUCAAUUGCAAUCUUACCUUUCUCCGUCAAAGCAGCAGCUGAAGCCAAUGUCUCUCUAAGGAGAAUGAAGAAAAUUCUCAUAGCUAAAAGCCCCCCAUCUUACGUCACCCAACCAGAAGACCCAGAUACUGUCUUGCUUUUAGCAAAUGCCACCUUGACUUGGGAGCAAGAAGCCAGCAGGAAAAGUGACCUAAAGAAAGUUCAGAACCCAAAAAAGCAUUUUCUCAAGAAACAGAGGCCGGAGGCAUACAGUAUGAAUCCAGCAGCCCAGGGAGUCACUGGCCCCGAGGAGCAAUGUGGCAGCCCCAAGUCGGUUCUGCACAAUAUAAGCUUUGUGGUGAGAAAGGGGAAGGUCUUGGGAAUCUGCGGGAACGUUGGAAGUGGGAAGAGCUCCCUCAUCGCAGCUCUCCUGGGACAGAUGCAGUUACAACAAGGGAUUGUGGCCGUCAACGGGACCCUGGCCUAUGUUUCCCAGCAAGCAUGGAUCUUUCACGGAAAUGUGAGAGAGAACAUAUUAUUUGGAGAAAAGUAUGAUCACCAAAGGUACCAGCACACUGUUCGUGUCUGUGCCCUCCAGGAGGACCUGAGCAGCCUCCCUUAUGGAGACCUGACUGAGAUCGGGGAGAGGGGCCUCAACCUCUCUGGGGGGCAGAGGCAGAGGAUCAGCCUGGCCCGUGCUGUCUACUCGAACCACGAGAUCUACCUGCUGGAUGACCCCCUGUCGGCUGUGGACGCACACGUGGGGAAGCACGUCUUUGAGGAGUGCAUCAAGAAGGCGCUCAGGGGGAAGACCAUUGUCCUGGUGACCCACCAGCUGCAGUUCUUGGAGUCUUGUGAUGAAGUCAUCUUGUUGGAAGAUGGAGAGAUUUGUGAGAAGGGAACCCACAAGGAGUUAAUGGAGGAGAGAGGACGCUACGCAAAGCUGAUUCACAACCUCCGAGGGUUGCAGUUCAAGGAUCCUGAGCACAUUUACAAUGCAGCCAUGGUGGAAGCCCUUAAGGAGAACCCUGCUGAGAGAGAUGAAGACGCUGGGCUCAUGAUUUUGGCUCCAGGGGAUGAGAAAAAUGAAGGAAAAGAACCGGAAACAGAAUCAGAAUUGGUAGACAUAAAAGUUCCUCUGCACCAGCUCAUCCAGACCGAGUCUCCCCGGGAAGGAACUGUGACCUGGAAAACGUAUCACACGUACAUUAAGGCUUCUGGAGGGUACCUCCUUUCUCUCUUCGUUGUGUCCCUCUUCCUCCUGAUGAUUGGCAGCUCUGCCUUCAGCAACUGGUGGCUGGGUCUCUGGUUAGACAUGGGCUCACAGAUGACGUGUGGGCCUCAGGGCAACGCGAGCACGUGUGAGGUGGGCACGGUACUGGCCGACACUGGGCCGCGGGUGUACCAGUGGGUGUACGCCGGGAGCAUGGUGUCUGUGCUGGUGUUUGCUAUCACCAAAGGCCUCACCUUCACCAAGACUACGCUGAUGGCGUCCUCCUCGCUGCACAACCAAGUGUUGCACAAGAUCCUGGAGAGCCCCAUGAGCUUCUUUGACACGACUCCCACCGGCCGGCUCAUGAACCGAUUUUCCAAGGAUAUGGACGAGCUGGAUGUGAGGCUGCCAUUCCACGCAGAGAACUUUCUGCAGCAGUUUUUUAUGGUGCUGUUUAUUCUCCUGAUAUUGGCUGCCGUGUUUCCUGCUGUCCUUUUAGUCCUGGCCGGCCUUGCUGUAGGCUUCUUCAUUCUUUUACGCAUUUUCCACAGAGGCGUCCAGGAGCUCAAGAAGGUGGAGAACAUCAGCCGGUCCCCCUGGUUCUCCCACAUCACCUCGUCCGUGCAGGGCCUGGGAACCAUCCACGCCUACGACAAGAGGGAGGACUGUGUCAGCAACCACCUCCUAUACUUUAACUGUGCUCUCCGGUGGUUUGCUCUAAGGAUGGAUGUCCUCAUGAACAUUGUCACCUUCGCUGUGGCCUUGCUGGUGACUCUGAGUUUCUCCUCAAUCAGCGCGUCCUCCAAAGGCUUGUCGUUGUCUUAUAUCAUCCAGCUGAGCGGGCUGCUCCAAGUGUGCGUGAGGACAGGAACCGAGACCCAGGCCAAGUUCACCUCGGUGGAGCUGCUCAGGGAGUACAUUUUGACCUGUGUUCCUGAAUGCAGUCACCCCCUCAAAGUGGGGACCUGUCCCCCCGACUGGCCCAGCCGUGGGGAGAUAACAUUCAGAGACUAUCAGAUGAGGUACAGAGACAACACUCCCCUUGUUCUCAACGGGCUGAACUUGAACAUCCAGAGUGGGCAGACAGUUGGGAUCGUGGGAAGAACAGGCUCUGGAAAAUCGUCAUUAGGAAUGGCCUUGUUUCGUCUGGUGGAGCCUGCAGGGGGCGCCAUCCUCAUCGACGGCGUGGAUAUCUGCACUGUUGGUUUGGAAGACCUCAGAACCAAGCUGACUGUGAUCCCCCAGGAUCCUGUCCUGUUUGUAGGUACAGUAAGGUACAACUUGGAUCCCUUUGAGAGUCACAGCGAUGAGGUGCUCUGGCAGGUUCUGGAGAGAACAUUCAUGAGAGACACAAUAAUGAAACUCCCAGAAAAAUUACAGGCAGAAGUCACAGAAAAUGGAGAAAACUUCUCAGUGGGGGAACGUCAGCUGCUUUGCAUGGCCCGAGCGCUUCUCCGUAAUUCAAAAAUCAUUCUCCUUGAUGAAGCCACGGCCUCCAUGGACUCUAAGACUGACACUCUUGUUCAGAGCACCAUCAAAGACGCCUUCAAAGACUGUACUGUGUUGACCAUUGCCCACCGCCUCAACACAGUCCUCAACUGUGACCACGUUCUGGUCAUGGAAAACGGGAAGGUGGUUGAGUUUGACAAGCCUGAAGUCCUUGCUGAGAAGCCAGAUUCUGCGUUUUCGAUGUUACUAGCAGCAGAAAACAAAGUCCGACUAUGAAGGGCCCCACGUGGUGGGGACCACUACAGCUGAUGUUAGUGGAAGAGGAGGUGGCGUAAGAUGAGUCAGAUGCGCCUGCCAGGGGAGGGACUGUCAUCUCAGGGGGCAGCCCUGGUCUACCAUCCUCUCAUGCCUGAAACACAGGCUGAGCUGGGGUGGAGUUGCUUCCCUGCCUCACCCAGCAUGUGCUUCCUGACCUCACUUGGAGGGCUUGUGCCAGGUUCUGGGUGAUGAACAGAGGCAGAGGAACCUAGUGGAUUAAAAAACUGCCCUCCCCUCCUAAAACCCCAAGGGUCCCUUGUGUGUCCUCAUCAGUACCACCCCAGUGCCUGGGACUGGAGACGUUGUAACUUUCAGUAAAAAACUGGUCAAAUGGAAUGAGAAAAAUGCCCAAGGAUGGACCUUUGUAAAGGUUUUCUGCCUUGUUAUCGGAAAGGAAAAGAACAGAGUUUUCUUUCCGCUUAACUCCUAUUCACAUCUAUUUUGAGUGGGUGACAAGCAAUAACGACACAGAUCUUGUAGCAUGGAAGAUUGAUUACAGUGUUUGGUGAAAAAAAAUUUUAAAAAAUCAUAUCGUAUGUCCCAUUUGAUCUAUUAGAAUAACCAGGAAAACAAAACGUUGGCAUUUUUCUAAAAAUGACAUUUUUAUAUCUUCUAUAUUAGUCAUUAAAAUGCAGUAGGAAAUUAAACUACCCUGAAAUGUUGCCUUGCAAUUAUUUUGCUGAAGAUAUUCCAAUUUCUGUACUGUUUCCUCUCACAGAUCUUCGUCAUGCUCUCCAUUGACUCAGUAAUAAACCCCCACAGUGUUUCCCAAAUAAAAGGCUGUCUUUCCCAUCUCAAGUUUGCUAUGAGGAGGCAGUAAAGACAUAGUCCCAGCAGCCCAGGAGUGACUGCUGCUAAUUCAUGGUGACAUUUGGGGAAAAAGUAGAAAAUUCAGAGGGCUCUUGGGCAGGGUUUGUCACAGUGCGGCUGUUUCUCAUUCCUUGUAGGAUUGAAGGCACUAUUGAUGGUUCAGGGAGGUUUCCUGGACUCCUCUCCUGGAUCCCAGGCUCUUCUCUAGAUGUGGCCCAGGGCAGCAAUGGCCAUGAAGCUCUUGUCCCCUCCCCUUCUUAGUUCUGGUCCCACACUUCACUCUGUCCUUCCAAACUUGGAGGAGGGCAAGCCUGGCACAUAGAACUCUAGAACACCCUGAUGGUGAGGUGGGUUAAGGAUCUGGAAUUGUCACUGUAGUGGCUCGGGUUGCUGCUGUGCCUCAGGUUCGAUCCCUGGCCUGGGAACUUCCACAAAAAGAAAUAACGACAUGAGUGCAUGAUGCCAAGAUGAACUUAUCCUGGCAGAGACUCCCAUCCUCCUCCCCCAGGGUACAUGUGCAUGUUAAAGGGUUUAGUCUGGAGAGGCCGAGGUUUAGGGCAGACAAGCCAUCAGCUAGCAUCUCAAAGGCUGGGCUUAUGGGGUUUGCUUCCAACAAAUGAUUCUCCAGCUCUUCUCUGGCCAGGCCCCAGCAGGUGUUUGCAGGACCAGAGGUGAAGCAGGCAAGGCUGGCUGCAGGUGGUGCUCCCUGUCUGGCAGGUGCUAAGGCCCAAGGUAAGGCAGCUGGGCAGUGACUGUGCCAUCAGCAUAGAAAGAGGGAUGUGUUUGAAAAGGCAGUGAGUAAGGGGUCUCUAUCACAGGCAGCUCCAUGCCAAAUUCAGAGCUCCCUGUGAAGGGCCACUCUUCCGACCUAGCCUUCUCCCAUCACAGGAUGUAACGUUGAUCAAAUGCCUAUCCAUGGGGCUGUGGAGCAGCCACCUUGGGCUGAGUGCAGCUUCAUCCUGAUGGAUGUCCAGUGACUCCCCUGGGAGGGAGUCUGUGCUGGCUCUGGGAAUCCGUGCCAGCCAUGUAAUGGGGGCGGAUCCUUUAUUUCCUACCUCCCCUACCACCUGGACAAUCAGCCUAUGAUUUCAGCGGGGUGUUUCUAGGGGGCUAAGGCUGCAAAUAUCCCUGUGGCUCAUUGAGAUGCACUGAUGGGUGAAUCACCUUCUAUCACUCAUUCCUGCCCAUGCUCCCUUUGGCUGGUCCCAUCCAGGAGAGAAUACCCACCCUGAUAUCUGGUGAGCCCCUGCAACGUGCCAAGUACUAUGAUAAGCAUUUUUACAUGAAUAGUUUCAUUGAAUGUUCACCCCAUGAGAUGGACACUUUUAUUAUUCCUAUUUUCCAGAGGUGGAAACCAGGGCUCACUGAGGUUAGUAACUUAGCUAUAGAUGUACCACAAGGAACAGAGGCAGGAUUUGAGCCCGAACCAGUCUGACUCUAGGGUCCUGCUCCUUACCCCUCCCUAGAGCCCCUCGUGCCCCUUCCCCUGGCCUGUAGCAGGGGCAGCGAUGGUUGUCAGCAAGGCACACAGCAGGAGGGAAGCCUCCUGUUUGCCUGUGCACUGGCAUGGAACAGUCCCAGUGCCCUCCCCUCCCACUCUUUAACUGUCGAUGAAAUGUCAGCCAGGGAGAAAGUAUGUUGAAUAAUAAUAACCAAUGUUUAGCCAGUACAGACUCAUUCAUCCUAAAGAUAUUGCAGGUUUGGUUCCAGACCACAGCAACAAAGCGCAUCACGUAAUUUUUUGGUUUCCUGGUGCACAUUAAAGUUGUAUUUUGCACUGCAAGUUCCCUUGUGACACAGUGGGUUAAGGAGCCGGUACUGCAGCUGCUGUGGCACAGGCCACAACUACGGCACAGGUUUGAUCCCUGGCCUGGGAACUUCCACGUGCUGUGGGUGUGGCCAAAAAAAAGUUAUAUUCGUAUUAUCCUAUAGUCCAUUAAGUGUACAAUAGCACCUGUCUUAGUUAAAACAUACUCACUGCUAAAAAAUGCUAACCAGCAUCUAAGCUUUCAGUGAAUCACAGUAACAUUAAAAAUCACUCAUCACAGAUCAUUGUAACAAAUACAGUCGUGAAAAGUUUGAAAUGUUAUGAGAAUUAUCGAAAUGUGACAGAGACAAGAAGCAAGCAAAUGUUGUUGGACAAAUGGCAUCAACAGACUUGCUCGAUGCAAGGUGGCUGCAACCCUUUGUAAAAAACAGAGUAUCUGUGAAAUGCGAUAAAGCAAAGUGCAGUGAAGUGAGUAGUCCUCAAAACACAGGCUUAGCUCAUUGAAUCCUCACCACAUCCCUGAGGAGAAGGUACCAGCGUUAUCUUUAUAUUACUGAUGAGAAAAACCGUGGCACUGAGAGUCACUGGACCAACAUCACCCAGCUACUGAGAUCUGAAUCCAGGUAGGCAGACACCAAAGUGUGUGCUCCUCAGUCCCACGAAGGACUGCUGCAAACCUGAGACCCUUCGGGUGAGACAGAACCCAGUGUUCUGAGUUGCAAAGCCCAUGUAUUGGUCAGGAUUGGGCUCAGUUAUGCUGUGGUAACAAACAGCCUCACAUCUCAGUGGUUUAUUUCCUGUUCACGUGACAAGACCAUCCUGGGUCGGUUGUGCCUGGGCUGUUUAUCUUCCUCACUCUGCAGCCCAGGCUGGCAGAGGGAUCAGAAGUGCCACAUGCCUCUUCACCACAUUUCAACAAGUCACGCGGCCACUGCUGAGUUCAACAGGGAGGUGUGGGGUAUGUACUCUACCUUACGGGAGGGGCAUCUCAAGGCCCAUGGUCAAGCUUGUCCCUGUAGGGAGUUGUAUAAUCCACCUCUUGGGAGGGGCAGCGGAUAUUCUGAACAACAUUACAACCCACCACAGCCUGGGUUUGGGUCUUAAUUUUGGCACUGAGUGGCUGUGUGACCUAGGGAAAGUAGCUUGCCCUCUCUGAGCCUCCUGUCCCUCAUUUGUAAAAUUUGGGGGUUUGGACUGAGUGCUAAGGUUCUUUUCAGUCUUGAAUUUCAAUACAGGAAAAAUAAAAAGGAGAUAUGAAAAUAGUUUAUAAAGAGUGGCAUUUGGACUUCCAAAGGGAUUAUAGCGAACCCUAAAUGUAACUAAACAUUUUUGGAGACGUUAACUUUGUAAAGUCGAACAAGGUUUAACUGAGUUCUGAGUCUUUCCUUAGUGUCUGCUUUGAUGCUCCUUAGGAUAUAAGAAUGUCUUUGAAAUUCGAUUCUCAUUUUAUUUGGUGCCGCAGUUUUGCUGUUUUCUGCUAAUUUUCCUGUCUAUUGGGUGAUCAUAUGUUCAAUGUUAUAAAUUAGAACUUCUCAUAUAUUCUCUGUUUGAUGUCAGCAGAGAUGAGCAUGAACCACUUAUAAACAUUGUAAAUUAAUCACAAAUUGCCUGUGACAUGUUUCAGACCAGCUGAUCUAGAGCAAAGAUGGGCAAACAUGGCCAUAGGCCAAAUCCAGGCUACCUGUUUUUGUGAAUAAAGUUUAUUGGAAG